AUGAAACUCGAACAACCACGCCAUCUGGCCCGGUGCCCAACACGCCGCUCAUGCAGCAGUCCGGAAGCUCUAAAGCGACUGGUCCCUCGGUCUUUCCAAUCAACGCCGCGUGAUUCCGGAUAUGGCUCCGAAGUCAAUCUUACACCGUCGACCUGCAGCGAACAGCUGGCUACAGUACCCAGGCCUUCCCUCCUAUUGCUUGACUUGUCAGACUUAUACGAUGGUUCCGGGUCACUUAACAGCGACGACCAUGAUGAUAUGGACUUUUCCGAGGAUGAAGAUGAGGAGAUCGACAUGUUUUCGGAUCCGGAGCCUCCUGAGGUCCCAAAGCCACCGGCAUUCAAGAAGUCUGCAACCUUGCCUCGGGCUUCAACACGCGCUCGCACCCGCCCGUCUCUUCUAGGCACAUUCUCAAUGGAUCAAAACUCACUUAACUUGAGUCGCAACUCUGACACUACUGUCCCUCGAGCCUCGGCGAGAACCUCUCCUCGGCACGCUGAUCGCUUCGUGCCCAGCAGAAAUCAAUCCACUCCUACAUCUGAGAAAUUCAAAACCACCAAAAGUCUUCUGCAACUGUCGCCGACCGAGAAGCUGCUCCGCCACGAGCGCGCCACCCCCGAUGCUUUUUGCUUUGUCCCUCGUCGGACCGCUCCUAUGGCGCAUGAAUUCCGCUCCAUCUCUGCGUCUGGGACUCGAGCCGCAGCCAGAACAGGCGCUAGGACUGUCUUAGGCUCUAUCACCCCAGCCAGCAGCGAUAUCAACAUCCAGAAUAAUCGUCAAGUCAGCCAAGGCUCUGUCUGGACGGUUAGUGGCAUCGCCCCAGAUUCCCCAACUGGCGCUGCCAGCCUUGCCAUUGACGAUGGCCGGGGUCAUCUCGCACAGAGCGGGACGACUGCCCGCUUGUUCACCACUACAUUUUCUACAAUCAGGCCCAAACCGGAGGAGGAGCUUGAGAAGCAUGAAGGAAGGCUGGCUGCUGCUCUAGAGAUUGAUCGCGCUCUGCGUGUUCUCGAUUUCGAACCGCUAAACAGACCAACGGCAUCCAGAUGCCACACUGCAGCAGUUAAGCGCAAGGCCCUGCAAAACAAGACAUAUUGGAACGGAACCCAGUGGAUAAAUAACGCAAAACUCCUCAGCUCAACAACAGUCGAUAACAGCACCAGAAUAUUGCCUGUUUCGCCCUUCAAAGUUCUUGAUGCCCCUCGCCUUCGUGACGACUUUUACUGCUCGGUUCUGGCCUACUCAUACAACGCCCAUACCCUCGCUGUAGGGCUUGGCGGCUUUCUUUACAGCUGGUCAGAGGGCACUGGAGUCCGCCUCCUGGAUGAUGGACCUCGUGAUGCGAGUUGGAUCACAUCAAUCGCAUUCUCGUCAACCAACGGAGGAAAAGAUAUUCUGGCAUACGGAAGAUCUAACAAAAAGCCAGUGUGCACAAGGCGCGCCUCCAGAAACCCCAACAAUCCUGGUGUUCAGGUCGAUACUGAGGAUCUCCUUGUCGGAGACGAAGCCGGGAAUAUUUACUACUACAUUGUGGAAUGGCCGGCAGACUGGGAGGUGGCAAGAGACAACUGGAAGGGAGAGGCCCGGUGGGUGCAUAUGAUCAGCGUCCAUCUGCAGCAGAUAUGUGGACUUUCUUGGUCCAUAUCGGGCAGCAUGUUUGCCUCAGGUGGCAAUGAUAACAUGUGCUGUCUAUUUGACACAGCGAAGGUGCUCGAAUCGGCACCUGACCCCAUGGUUCUGGGUAGGGAGGGCAGGAUGGUGGACGUUACCGACCCGAGUUUCAGCCUCGAAGAUCUCGAGCUCCCUGACGACUCCGACGACGAGGAAGACGACCUCGCGGCACGCCACCCGCUGAUUGCCAACCGCCUACGGCUGGACUCGGCCAAACAGCGCUGGGCUCACGGCGCCGCCGUCAAGGCGAUUGCAUUUUGCCCGUGGCAAGAGGGCCUUGUGGCCACGGGCGGUGGCUCUAACGACAAGUGCAUACACUUUUUCCACACUACGUCCGGUGCAGCACUGGCCACAAUAGCUGUGGCUUCUCAAGUAACUAGUCUGAUUUGGAGCACAACACGGAGAGAAAUUGCGGCUACUUUUGGUUACGCUCAGCCCGAACACCCUUUUCGCAUUGCAAUUUUCUCUUGGCCUUCUUGCAAACAGGUUGCUGCAAUCCCAUGGGAAGGCGAACAUCGGGCCUUGUAUGCGAUUCCAUACCCAAGGGAACCGCUUGCGAGUCCUUCAUCCGGAAAAGGUCGUGAGACUGCGACAAGGCCCUCGGUAUCAAGUGGGGACGGUCCCAAUGGGGGAAAGGACGGAUGCAUAGUCGUUGCAGCCAGCGAUGAGAGUGUGAAGUUCUACGAAGUAUGGCCAGCCGAUAAACGACCCACUACUGGAGGAGUCGGCAUGCUCGGGGGCAGUGAUAUUCUCGAGUCGCUCGAGGGCAUCACAAAGGAGGGUGAUGUUAUCCGUUGA